CUCUCCCCCUCCCCUUUUGUCCAUCUUCCUGCCUUUGGAACUUCUUCAAUCCAAUCUUCACCGAUAACUUCCCGACCCUCGAUGAACGUUCUCUUUCUUGCUGGAAGCGUGGCACCACCGUCAUCUUCGCUCAUACGAUCCCUGAGCAGCGAACUCGCUAACCCAACAAAUCGGCCGUUUCAGUUACCUCUGCCGAAAGGAUUGAGCUCGAAGUGGAUUCGAAUGACACCAUAAUCGCAGAGGAAUCUAAACACAAACAGGAUCGCUGUUUUUUUAUGAGAAUCAAAAUCUUGCGAGUCUGGAGUUCUUAAUAAGAUGGAUGAGUACGACAGUGGGGAAAGGCCCGAGCCAGAGGACGAGGGAAGCACAGCUCCUUUGCCUGAAAAGGUGACUGUUGGUGGUUCCCCAACGUACAGAAUAGAUAGAAAGCUUGGGAAAGGAGGGUUUGGACAAGUCUUCGUCGGUAGACGAAUUGGUGCUGGCCCUGGUGCAGUAGAGGUGUGUGCAUUUCCGAUGUUUGAAGUGGCGUUGAAGUUUGAGCAUAGAAGCAGCAAAGGAUGCAAUUAUGGUCCACCGUACGAGUGGCAAGUUUACAAUGCACUUGGAGGUAGCCAUGGCGUGCCACGAGUCCAUUUCAAAGGCUGUCAGAGUGACUACUAUGUUAUGGUCAUGGACAUGCUUGGUCCGAGCUUGUGGGAUGUUUGGAAUAAUAAUUCACAAACGAUGUCGAUUGAGAUGGUUGCCUGCAUUGCCAUUGAAGCCAUCUCCAUUUUGGAGAAGGUGCACUCUAGAGGAUAUAUUCAUGGAGACGUAAAACCUGAGAAUUUUUUGUUGGGGCCUCCAGAAACUCCUGAUGAGAGGAAGUUAUAUCUUGUUGACCUUGGUCUGGCUACAAAAUGGCGUGAUACCUCAACUGGUUUGCAUGUUGAGUAUGAUCAACGGCCUGAUGUUUUCAGGGGAACAAUGAGGUAUGCCAGUGUUCAUGCUCAUUUAGGUAGAACUGGUAGUCGGAGAGAUGACUUGGAAUCUCUGGCCUAUACUCUUGUUUUCCUUCUCCGUGGUCGGUUGCCUUGGCAAGGAUAUCAGGGGGAAGAUAAAGGAUUCCUUGUUUGCAAGAAAAAGAUGGCUACUUCCCCAGAAACUUUGUGCUGUUUUUGUCCUCAGCCUUUUCGACAAUUUGUCGAGUAUGUGGUGAAUUUGAAGUUUGAUGAGGAGCCAAAUUAUGCAAAGUGUAUAUCCCUUUUUGAUGGGAUUGUUGACCCAAAUCCAUAUAUUAGGCCAAUUAACACUGACGGUGCCCAGAAGCUUAUAUAUCAGGUUGGACAAAAGAGGGGACGAUUGACAAUGGAGGAGGAAGAUGGACAACCAAAUAAAAAGAUCCGAAUGGGAAUGCCUGCAACACAGUGGAUCAGUAUCUACAAUGCUCGCCGACCCAUGAAACAAAGGUAUCACUAUAAUGUCACUGAUGCAAGACUCUCCCAGCACGUAGAGAAAGGAAAUGAAGAUGGGCUGUUUAUAAGCAGUGUCGCUUCAUGCUCAAAUCUAUGGGCCCUCAUUAUGGAUGCUGGCACUGGGUUCACUGCCCAAGUUUACAAGCUUUCUCCUCAGUUUCUCGACAAGGAAUGGAUAGUGGAACAGUGGGAGAAAAAUUACUACAUCAGUGCAGUUGCAGGAGCUAAUAAUGGCAGCUCGUUGGUUGUGAUGUCCAAGGGUACACAAUUCUUACAACAGUCUUAUAAAGUUAGUGAUUCGUUUCCUUCCAAGUGGAUUAAUAAGAAAUGGCGAGAGGGAUUCUAUGUCACUGCCAUGGCCACUGCUGGAAGUAGAUGGGCUAUUGUUAUGUCUCGUGGUGCAGGGUUUUCGGCUCAGGUCUUGUGGUUUUCUAUGAUUUGCUGUUUAUAGAUUCCCCUAUUGGUGAACAGUAUGGUUGUUCUGAAUGUCGUUUUCACUUGUAGGUCAUUGAAUUGGAUUUUCUUUAUCCUAGUGAGGGUAUUCACCACAGGUGGGAUAGUGGUUACCGUAUAACCUCAACUGCUGCAACUCGGGACCAAGCUGCCUUUGUUCUUAGUGUCCCACGUAGAAAACCAGCUGAUGAAACUCAAGAGACCCUUAGAACGUCUGCUUUCCCAACUACACAUGUCAAGGAGAAAUGGGCAAAGAACCUCUACAUCGCCUCUAUUUGCUACGGCAGAACUGUCUCUUGAACAGCUGAAAUUUUGUUGAAUCCCAUCAGGUCUCAGGAUUUUUCAUGACUUGGAAUUAUGGCGUUGACAACUUGCAUAGGCAAAAUCAUACUGUUGCCAUUGGUUAGCAUCCAGGAGCUCAGGUGCACAUUCUUACAGUCGCGCGAGCUAGUGAACCUUCUCACAUUCCAUUGGGUUUGAGAUGAAUUGCAUUUCACCUAGAAACUCCAUACAAAGCUGGUGAACAACAGAACAGGCCUUUGUUUCGAGGGUCUGUGCACUGGUCCCUGCUCCAUUGUUGAUGUUCUGUCGGAAUUGCAGUGUGACUUCUCCAGUGAGCUCUCAGCUUUCAUUCUCAGAAGCUCAUGUCUUAGGCUUCCAUGCUCUUCGCCACAGAAGGCGGAGUUGUUUGUCAGUCCAUCCCUAUGGUUUUGGGAUGUCCCGAGUGCGGUCGAAACCAUCGGAACUUGCUCAACUUUGUGUACUCUAUUUGCAAGAGCAGAUGUAAAUUAUGUAUUCACAACUAGUCCCAACGAUCGGAGAAAUGCAGGUACUAUAUGCGGUCUGUUCUCUUGGUUUUCAGGUCCAGAGUAAAUCAUGAGUUGACAACAGCAAAUCCGAAGCAGGUGUAAUCGUAAUGUCGAAUUUCGAACCUGAAGAUGGUGGUUCUAACUAAGGCUUGUAUGAUUCGCCUUCCUCCUCUUCUCUCUGUCGCCCUGUCGAAGCAUCCAUAGUUGCUAUCAACUGCAACUAUUAUCGACUUGAGAAAUCAAACCGUUGUGAGCAAGACACGAUCACAUAGCUGGUCUAGUGACGUUUAAGGUUACUUUAGACCUUUCUUUGACUAUUUUGUUUAAAAUUUGCUAGUACUACACUGCAUUUGUGGGAAGCAUGUUCCAGCCAUGUAUAUUUAAUUAAGGCGUGCAGUAUAUAAUGCAAAGCGUAAUCAUUGCUUCGUUAGAGUCGGUUAGUGACUGGAAACAUCUUUUCUCUAGCCGAUUGACUAUACGUAUAAGUGGA